AAACCUCUUCAGUGGUGGUCAAUCAAUCAGUAGUAAUCAAUUCAUCAACAGUGAUCUAUCUGUUUUUUUUUGUGUUACAACGUCUCAGUUUGUUUGUUUGAAAAAUGAAUCAAGUUCAUUUAAAAAUUACGGUUUUGAUAAACCUGGUGCUCAUCUCGCAAUUGGCAGCCGCUCCACUCAACUUACCAUCAAAUGACGCAGUUCCUCAGCAGGUGGCGGCACCCUUCAGUGGUAUGAUAUCGAAGAACAUUGUGAAACGUGAAUAUCUCCCGCCACCGCUGUUCGAAGUAGAAUACGUCGAAAGGCAUCGCGGAGAGGACCAGAAUCGUAAAGAACAAAGUGAAGACAAGUACGCUUACAAUGAUGGUGAACGUAAUGACCACAAUGAAGAUGACGAUGAUUCAGAUCUUGUGUUGUUGGGCUGAAGCAAUAAAGAUGAUUACUGUUAGUUAA